GUUUCGUCUACCCGACUUCUCCUCUCCUCCUUGACCAUUUAUCUUAUCGUCAUACCUCCCUCGUACUUCGCCCUUGCAACCCACCACCCAACUUUGCCUUGCCUACCAGAAAGAGAGUGGAAGAACAAAUGACCACCUCCCUCAAAGUCGACGACAAUGACGACAGAACGCAUCCACUGAACGAGACAACAUGGAUCCACGCCACCAAGGCCUUCCUGCGCUGGGCCGUCACCCCGCUGGGCUUCUGCAUCACGAUCUACGGCCUGAACGUGGUCGCCUGGGGCGGGAUGCUCUUCCUACUGUUGUGCAAUGCGGCGCCGGCGAUGUGCCACCCCAGCUGCGACGAUCCGGACUCGGCGCGCCGCGUCUGGAUCGAGAUCGACUCGCAGAUCCUCAACGCCCUGUUCUGCAUCACGGGGUUUGGCCUAGCGCCCUGGCGGCUUCGGGAUCUGUACCUGUGGUGUCUCUGGCGGCUCGGUCGCUCGCUGUCAACUCGUCACGGGGGAUUGGUCCGGCUGGCGGAGGUCCAUUCCAAGUGGUUUUACUUCUUCCCGGGAACAGCGGACCCCGUGGAGAAUGAAGACGAGGAGAAGGCGAUUGCGGGGAGGGCGGCUCCAGCAACAGCAGCUGCAACAGCAGCAACGACCGCAACAGAGGCUCCACGAAACCCAACCCCGCUGUGGAAAAUGGAUGCGGUGGUCUGGGGCAAUUUCCUCAACUCCGUCUUUCAGGUCUGUCUGGCCGUGUGCAUGUGGGCGAUGGACCGGUUCCAUCGGCCCAGCUGGACGACGGGCCUCUUCGUGGCUCUGGCGUGUUUGGUUGCCGCUGGCGCCGGGGUGGUUAUGUGGUUGGAGAAGAAACGCGUCCACAAGGCGAGCGAGCACCCUGGGGCGCUGUUGUUGGUGCCACCUAGUGCUGGCGCCGCCACGCCUGGGAACGGCUAUAUGCAUCUGAACCGCGGAGGGUCGUCAUCGUGA